AUGUUUCCCCGACGCCGAUUGCGAACCUCUACCUGCGAACUGGGGCCCAUCAGCGCUGAGUCACCGACUUCACAAACUACCCCGGAGGUUCACCAGAGUGAGCAUGCUCUGGGCUUCACCGAUAUAUACGGGUCAUUGUCACCCCGUCAAAUCAGCAUCAUCACCAUCGGGUCGGCGAUUGGAACGGGCUUGAUGGUUGGUACUGGAAGAGCAUUGUCCAUGAGCGGCCCGGCAGCUAUAAUAAUCUCCUACACCAUCGUCGGAUUCGCGGUUUACCUCGUCCUCUCUGCCUUGGGUGAGGUGGGUUCAUGGUUACCGAAACCAUAUACCGUUGCAGAUCAAGCCGUUCGAUUUUGUCAUCCUGCACUUGGAUUCAGCUUGGGCUGGAUAUUCUGGCUGAAAUAUGCCGUUGUCACACCGAACCAGCUCACAGCUGCAGCGCUGGUGGUCUCGUAUUGGGUCAGUGCGGAGCGAAUCAAUCCUGGUAUCUGGAUUACAGUUUUCCUUUCGGUCAUUGUGACUCUCAACUUCAUCAAUCACCGCCUCCCGAGCAUAAUCGAGUUCUAUGUCUCUUCAUUCAAGCUUGUCGUUAUGCUUGGACUCAUGAUACUCUCCACCGUCAUUGCUCUGGGAGGGGGCCCGGAUCAAGAUAGGAAAGGAUUUCGAUAUUGGUCGUACCCCGGUGCUUUCGGCGCGAAUCCCCAUCGUGAUAGCGCAUUGCUGGAGAAGUUCUACAUAACCUGCUCGACGAUGUCAUCCGCCACGUUCGCGUACAUUGGAAGCGAGCGGUCUGGAAUGGCUCAUUUCCCGAACGUUCGAAAGGCUACCUCGAGGGCUAUCCAGAAUACCUUUUAUCGAAUCAUGGUCUUCCACCUUCUAGCAAUUACCCUUCUCGGGAUGAUUGUUCCUCAGGACUCGGCCACUGUGAUAUUUUCAGAUAAUGCCUCCCAUGAGUCUGCCGCAUCAGCAUUUGUUGCAGCUUUAUAUCUGGCAGGCAUAUCCGUACUACCGGACUUGUUGAAUGCAUGUAUACUGUUGUUCGUCCUGUCAAUCGCAGACUACGAUCUCUAUCUGGCAACCAAGGCAAUGUGCGAUCUCUCAGUGAAGCACCGUGCCCCAGCUUUUCUGUCACGCACUACCCGGAGAGGCGUCCCGAUCUAUGCUUUGGCUGUGAGCUCGUCAACCGCAACAUUGGCAUAUCUUAACGUCCACCAAGACUCAACUGUUGUAUUCGGAUACUUCGUGGACAUGGUCACAAUGCUCGGGUUGCUUACGUGGAUUUCAAUUCUCGCCACCCAUAUAUCCUUUGUGCGAGCACGAAAGGCUCAAGGCAUUCCCGACAAAGCUCUAGCUUUUAGAGCUCGAUUCGGUCUGCCUGGAACGUGUUUGGCUCUCAUUCUCUGCUUGUUCAUCUCUGUCGCCAUUGUCUUCGAUUCCUUCAGUUUCGAUGAAGGUGUUCGGACGUUCGACGUCAAGUCCUUCAUUGCCUCGUACAUUAGCAUUCCUGUCUACAUCAUCUUGAUGGUUGGCUAUAAGCUCGCUGUCCACAGUAAACGUGUCAACCCUAAGGAGGCUGAUCUAUGGACAGACAAGAUGGAAUCUGAAAAUGAGAGAGGGGACGCAGCGGAAGGAAACUGA